CUCUCGAGUCUCAACUGUUACCACCAUAACAAACAUCGCAAUAUAUAGAGCGCAGACCCAACGUUUUAUGAAAACUGAAGAUAUCGGUGAUCUGUUAUGGGUUUGUUUUGUAUGUGAUGCACGAAAAUGAAGUGGUGAAAGUUUAGUACAUUGGGCGAGAAGAAGAUGGUAUUCAGUUAGCUCGAGUCCAAUGUUGAGGCAGGCCUCCCUGGAGAGAAAAGAAGAAAAAAUUGAAUGAAGCGGACUAACGACAGUUUCUUGUAUGGUGAUCCUGACCCUGUUGCCAUUGGUUGGCAAACACCCUCUGUCGCGUGUUGUUUCUUUCACUGCAUGUGGGUUCGCCGAAUCAUACGUCACCCGCCAAGCUCAAGCCAGUCCCUUACUCAUCAAUCAGCUCCUAAAUCUAAAUUUCGAGUCCAAACAUCACUGGAUCUCGACAUUUGCUCCAUCAACUCAACCGCCGUCCAUUGAACGCGCCUGGGCCCUUCCUUACCACCUGUACAUUUGACAUCACCCCUUCUAAUUCACUUUCAUCUUCCUCGCGUUUGUGCAUUCCGCUUCCGCUCACACCAUGUCAGCCAACGCAGCUCCACUCCCUAACAGCCCCGGCCCAUUCCCCGUCGCAAUCCCAGAGAAAGGUACAAGCGGGCUUUGGGAUCGAUUAUCCACAUGGGCGUCCGAAAACAAGGGCGUCGUAUACACAGUCGCCGGUCUCACAUUGGUCGUCGGUACGGGAGGCGUCAUCUACUAUCUCUCAAAUGACAAGCAGAGCUCCAGCACACCCACUUCCUCCAACAAGCGGAAACAGAAGCGAGACCGGAAGAAGGCGAAGGAACGCGCGGAAAAGGAGGCCGCAAAGGACAAGGAGCCGGCCGCAGCCGAGCCCAAGAAGGCAUCCGUGACGACUACGACUGACGAUGAGCUUCCUGAAGUCGACGAGAACUCUGUUGGCUCGCUAUCAGACGAGGAGCGCAAAGAGUACGCGGCCAAGCUCAAGGCCGCAGGUAACAAGGCAUAUGGCUCAAAAGACUACAAUCGCGCCAUCGACCUCUAUGGCAAGGCCAUCCUCUGCAAACAAGACCCAGUCUUCUACUCCAACCGCGCCGCGUGCUGGAAUGCCAUGUCCGAAUGGAACAAGGUGAUUGAGGAUACCACGGCUGCCAUCAACCUCGACAACGAAUACGUCAAGGCUUUGAACCGACGAGCGAACGCAUACGAACAGGUCGACCGCAACAGCGAGGCUCUUUUGGACUACACCGCGAGCUGCAUCAUUGACGGCUUCCGCAAUGAGAGCAGUGCGCAGAGCGUGGAGCGAUUACUGAAGAAGGUCGCUGAAGCCAAGGGCAAGGCUAUCCUCGCCUCAAAGGAGAAGAAGCUGCCCAGCCCGACAUUUGUCACCAACUACCUCCAGAGCUUCCGUCCCACCCCGCCACCCAGCGGACUCGAUGAUGACGCGGAGCUUGACGAGGAGAGCGGAAAGGGCCAGCUUAGGAAGGGGCUCAGGGAAAUGAACAACAAGACGGGUGAGGGCUAUGCGGAGGCUGCUGCAGCAUUUGACCGCGCUUUGGAGCUUGGAGAUCUCGGAGAGCACGAGGCUUUCGCAUACAACAUGCGCGGCACCUUCAGAUAUCUCAAGGGUGACAACGACGAUGCGCUCCAGGACAUGGACAAGAGUGUUGAGCUCCAACCAUCGCUAACGCAGAGCUUCAUCAAGCGCGCCAGCAUGCACUUGGAACUUGCGAACCCUGGAGCCGCCGAAGCAGACUUUGCUUCUGCCCUGGAGCAGAACAAGGACGAUCCUGAUAUCUACUACCACCGCGCCCAGCUCCACUUCAUCAAGGCCGAAUUCGGUGAAGCUGCCAAAGAUUACCAAAAGUCCAUCGACCUCGACCCGGAUUUCAUCUUCUCGCACAUCCAGUUGGGAGUGACACAGUACAAGAUGGGCAGCAUCGCAUCAUCCAUGGCCACGUUCCGCCGUUGCAUGAAGAACUUCAAGAAUGUGCCAGACGUGUACAACUACUACGGUGAGCUGCUUCUCGAUCAGCAAAAAUACCAGGAGGCGAUUGAGAAGUUUGACACGGCGGUUGAGAUGGAGACGCAAUCCAAGAAGAUGGGCAUCAACGUGCUCCCGCUCAUCAACAAGGCCCUCGCUUUGUUCCAAUGGAAGAACGACUUCUCGGAAGCCGAGAAACUGUGCCAAAAGGCACUCAUCAUUGACCCGGAAUGCGACAUUGCCGUGGCCACGAUGGCGCAACUGCUACUGCAGCAGGGCAAGGUGGUGGAAGCGCUUGAAUACUUUGAGCGUGCAGCGGAACUCUCACGGACAGAGGGUGAGAUUGUCAACGCGUUGAGCUACGCAGAGGCGACGAGGACACAGCUGGAGGUGCAAGAAAAGUAUCCCAAGCUGGCAUCGAGACUGGGGGCCAUGGGACCGGCGUUGGGACCGGCGGGCAUGCAAUAG